AUGGAUGCACUACUGGAUGAAGUUGAGUCACUGGAGGCGAUUCUGAUGGAUGACGUUCAGAUUACGAGAAACUCUAGCGGAUUUCCGGAGUUGAUAGAAACGACCGUCUUCCCGACGGUCGGCGAAGAACUGAACUCCCAAUACGUGUGCAUCACACUGCAGGUGAUGCCGGUACCGGGCUAUCCGGAGGUGCGGCCCCCGAACAUUAAGCUAAAGAACCCGCGUGGGCUGGAUGAUGGGAUCUUCGGUCUGAUCGAUGCGGCAGUGAAGGACAAGCUGAGCGAAUCGCUCGGCCAACCGGUGGUGUUCGAUUUGAUCGAUAUCAUCCGCGAGCAGCUGACCGAGAGCAACUUACCCAGCGGCCAGUGCGUGAUCUGUUUGUACGGGUUUCUCGAGGGAGACCAGUUCACGAAGACGGUAUGUUACCACUAUCUGCAUAGUCACUGUUUGGCCUGCCACAUCAACGCGUCACGGCGCAACUACGAGGAGGAGCGCGAAAAACUGCCGAUCUGGAAGCGCAAGGAAGCGAAACCGUUCCAGGCGCAGUGUCCGGUCUGUCGGGAACCGAUAGACGUGGAGGUGGAACCGCUAGCCGGUUGUCGGCCGCCGGUCGAGCGUGAAAAUGCACCCAAGUUCCGGCUGACGGAUGAGUUAAAGUCGCUGCAGGCACAAAUGACCCGACUGUUUAUGCACCAAAAAAAUCGCGGAGGUAUCAUCGAUCUGGACGCGGAAGAGGGCAACGUGAUCGCAAUCGAAACGGAACCACCAAACGGGGAGGUGUCGAAGAAUACAAACGAAUUGUCCUCUGUGGCCGCUGUUUCGGUGGAAACGCUUCGCAACAGCAGCGCUUCAUCGCAGCAAGCACAGGGAAAAGGAAAGCAGCCGCCCGCUUCCAAGGGAUCUGGCUCAAAAGGUGCCAAAGGUGGUGGCAAUCGCCAUUCUUCGGUCGCUGUCGCUCUGAGCACCAACCCGGCGCUGGCGAAUGGGACCGAAGAAGAAUCCGGUUCCGGUUGCAGCGAUCCGGCCUGUACGGGCUCACCGGUUGAGCAUCAUCGCGGUGGGCAUCGCAAUCGCCGCCAUAACAACCACCAUCACAACCACAGGCACGCUCGACACGGCAAUCACUACCAUCACCACCACCAUCACCAUCACGGUGGACGAGGAGCGAACGGUGGUGCCGUCGCUGGUGGUGGGUCGACCGGUGGCGGAGCAUCCACGUCAUCGGGGGCCACUGGUGGCUCGGCAGCGAAGAACUUAACCACUCCCUGUACCUCCGAUGCCAGGUGACAAAUCGAGUUGCUUCAACGGCAUGAGCUGCAACUGCAUCGCCACUGUUUCGCCGCAAACCAUCUGCGAUCGCAGCAAGCGCAGCCCCAACCGCAUCCGGAUGAUGGAUCCCUGAGACCGCUGCUGUUGAUAUAACAUUUAAUCCACUGCAAACGUAAGCCGCUUCUUCUCGUCCUCGGUGUCCGUGAUGUAGAUGCUACGAAUAAUGCUACAAUAAUCGUUACCCAUACCGCUAAGAUGAUGCCCACCAUUAUUAGCAAAACAGACGCUGGUUGGGUUAGUUUUCCCAACCGAUCGAGGAUCACGCUAAGCUCUCUGGACGAUCAGUCGUCGGCGGUCAUUCGAAGGCAGCCGAAUGACUUCAAUGCCAAGGAUGGUGCGGAACCAUUCGAAUUUCGAUUAACUUCCAUCGGGCAAGAGGAAAACGGUGUGGUUCAAAGAACAGCGAUACCGAGUGAGGAUACGUAUCAAUGCUACGGUCAGGUGCAGAAGGAACCACAAACUGCUUCAUCGGUAGCAGCGCGAAAAAAGGAGGUCGCUUCUUUAGUUUGCAUACUUUCGUUCUUGCACUGGCUGAUCUUCCCCAGUGGUAUUCGAGGGUACGAUCGGUUUAUCGCUUCAGUUCCACUUGGCACCGUUGCGUUGGCUUCAGGCUGUAGUUAGUCGUCCCGGUAGUCUGGCCCGGGCUUCGAUUAAGCAAGGAUAACAAUGCUGUGAGUGAGAGAUUUUAAUUUAUUUACCGGUUGCUCCUCCCUGCUCGGGGGUUUAUCCCAAUGAUCGUUAGAUUUAGUAUGAGCGAUAGGUAGAGCUUAUGAAGAGGGUAUAUUUUGCGCUGUGCGAAAAACGUCGCCUAGUGGAAGGUUUUCUCGGUUAUUACUCUAGUGGUAGAUUAAGUUAUCUUAAGUUCGAACGAGACGUACAAAGUCGUAAGGGUGUGCACGAUGAUUGGAUGUAUUGCGUCUGCGUGGUUGCGUGGUUUGUGAGUAGAUUGUUUUUUUAAUUUAAAAGCUGGCAUAAAACACUCCAUUAAUGUCUGCCAGACACCAACCGCUGCGUUCAGUUGGCUUUACUUGCGCUGCGAAGAGUAUUGAAGGGAAUAAUAUUGGGCGCAAAGGAGCCAGAAAUGGUCCGCAGAUGCGCCACUGCCCCGUGCAAUAGAGGUGUUUUGCAGUAGUUUUCUUAUUUUUCUACAUUCACCUAUCGAAUCUCUGUACAUUUUUACCAAACAGUCGAUGUAUGUUGUCCAUAACACAUCAAUGAACGCGUAUCGUGGGUGCCAAACAGAAAGACCCGAAACAAACAUUCAGAAAACGUUUCUAGUUGUAUAGCAAACUCGUCUCCACUCGUUGGGUCACAGAACGUGGGCCAACCUAUCCAUCCUCCCUGACUCCCUGAAUGUUGCCAUGCUGGAAAGCUGCUCGGAAGCUCAGAGUGCGGUGUGUCCUCGGUGCGUGUGGAUCCCAUCGUUCGCUUGUGGAUUUCAGUACAGUUCGAGCGCAGACCAGAAUGUAGCUAAUCGUAGGUCAUUUUGAGUGGCGACAAACGAAGAUCAGAUCUACCGCAAAGGAAAAUAUUAAACCUUCUCCACUACGAGUACGCCCAUUCCUACUUUCCCUAUGGACCGUCUAUUGACCCGAAAACGAGUUGUCGUAAUAGCCAAGAUAGAGUUACACAAAACAAAAGUUGUCAUAAUUAAUAGCCGCAAAACGGAUCGGAUUGGACGUGAAUGUAUAUCAGUAUCAGCAACUGAAAUAGAACUACAAAAAUAAUAAAAACCUACACACACUUUAACAUUUCACUAGCGGGGAACUCACCUAGCAAAACUCGGUAGCAAACACAGACAUUUUCAUAACUCAGUGUAAUACCGAAACAAAAGAGCCAAACAUUGGAGCUGCAAUGCAAAGUUACUCUAAUUGUUCCGUACAGUAAAUACAUAGA